AAAACAUAUGACCGUUUGGACUUGAUGAGACGUGCGCUAUAUUCUAGUUUGCCCUACCCUUUUUGAUUCCCUUUUGACUAUUAUUUAUUUACUCCCUUAUCUGGAUUUGUGUUGUAUUCAACAGUGAGAAUUAGUGCAUUUCACAGUGCGUAAAAUGCACGAAAACAUUGAAGACUUGACACACCUACAGAAACUCGAAACGAGAACGGUCCUACAAUGCCUAAGAUCACGCUACAAACAGAAACAGUUUUACACAUGGGCAGGGCCAACUUUAGUAGCACUAAAUCCUCUAAAAGAUGUGCCUGGGCUUUAUUCAAAAAAAAUGAUGGAGCUGUUUGCCCAUGAAUCAUUCACUUACAAAACACCUCACGUCUUUGCACUUGGCCAGCGUACUUUAAGACACUUGCAAUGGGGAUUGGGGAAGACACACCAAGCUAUUGUUGUCAAUGGUGAGAGUGGUGCCGGAAAGACAUGUAAUGCACUUUACCUACUAUCCUUCUUUGCUGCGAUGGAGACCAACAAUAAUGAAGUACCAAAUUCAGACAAUAUUGAGGUGCUGCUUUGCAGAUCUAAUCCAUUGCUAGAAGCUAUGGGAAAUGCUCAAACUCUGAGAAACGAAAACAGCAGCCGUUUUGGCAAGUUAAUUCGGUUGGUGUAUGUCGGCGAGGGUGCUAACACGCAGCUAGUGAGUGCUCACAUCGAAACCUACCUGUUGGAAUCAACACGUGUUGCCCGACACGCAGCUGGAGAAAGAAACUUCCACAUAUUUUAUCAGAUGCUUGCUGGCUUACCAGAGAGCUUAAAAGUAGAACUGGAUCUACAAAAUGUCCCAAAAUGGUCUAUUGCAUCGCAAAGGGAUUGUAAUGCGAUGGAUGAAGCUCAUUUUCACGCAACAGUGGCAGCUUUGGAGCAAUUGAGUCUCCAUGAUACAACACAACAGCUGUGGAAACUUUUGGCAGCUUUGUUACACUUGGGUAACGUUGAAUUUGAAGUCAAUAAGGAGGCCAACAGUUGGACGACGGAUCAACAAAACCAUUUGGAAUCUGCCGCUCGUCUUCUGGGUCUGAACAGCAACGAACUAUUUCAAUUGUUUACAGUGCGACACUUUCAAGCUGGAAGCAAAUCACCUGCUGUUGUUCGGCCUUGCAGCUCACCAAAUGAAUGUACAAAUCGUCGCGAUACGUUAAUCAAGCUUUUGUACCGUAUGACGUUCGAUACGGUGCUUGAAAACAUAAAUCGAAAACUACAACACGCCUUAGAUUCGACAUUUACUAUGCCAAAAUAUCUCUGUAUUUUGGACUUGUACGGAUUUGAGUCUUUCGAAUAUGGCAAUAGUCUGGAGCAGCUUUGCAUUAAUUAUGCCAACGAAAGAUUGCAGUACUAUUUCACUGUCAACUAUCUGAAAGAACAACAGCUACAUUUAGCAAAUGAAGGUCUGACAGCAAUUGACUUGGAUGAAAACGCUUUGGACAAGCAAAAUUUAAUAAGCUUCCUCGAUGGGCCAGUUUCUGUCUUUGGGGUCCUAAACGAAGAGUGUUAUCUUAAUCGUGGAUGCGAUGACUCGCAAGUGUGCAUCAGGAUCCAGUCAAGUUUGAAUGAAAGAACUAGAGGGAUCAAGAGCAUGCCACCAAGCCCGCGAAUGCCUCGCUCGUCAAAGAUUAAAGCACCGCCCGUCGAAUUUGCUAUUAGUCAUUAUGCCGGGCUCGUAUCUUAUUCCACUGUCGCAAUGUUGGAUAAAAAUCGCGAUUACAUUCCUACAGAGAUGAUGUCUGUACUCUCCAGAAGCAGAAAUUAUUUUGUCAAACUUUUAUUGGGGAAGGACGCGAUAAUAGUCAAUGCGACGCAUACGAUGAAUGGCCGAAGACACACCGUUCUAGCUAAAUUCAAAAAUUCCUUGGACAACUUGAUGAGGAUUCUUAAUGUCUGUGAUGUCCACUACAUCCGUUGCAUCCGGCCGUCACUGAGCGCUCCGUAUUAUACCUCAUCGCCUAGUCAACGAUGGGACGAGGAUUACGUCGAUGCACAGUUAAAUGCUUGUGGUGUUAUCGAUACGAUCAAAGUGUCUUCCUUCGGCUAUCCGAUCAGAAUGAGUCACGAGGAAUUUGCCUCUCGUUAUAAAUACCUGUCCACCAAACGACCAAAGGAACCUAUCGAAGCCAUAGAGAUAUGUCGUGAAAUUACAGAAUCUUAUGUACAGUUGGAAAAUGAAAUACGUGUUGGAAAAUCUCAAAUGUAUGCCACCGAGAAGGGCAUUGAGCUGGCUGAACGAUGGAAGUUCCGCAUUCGUCAACAGGCGGCUUGCGUAGUACAACGCUGGUGGCGUGAAAGACUGCGUAGACAAAAAGCUGCCGUGACACUGCAAAAUUGGUGGCGAACAGUCGUUCAGACGCGUGCAGUAAAUAGAGUGAAGCGUUGGUGGAAGAGGAAGCGUUCCACUGCCCAAAUCCUUUCCAAAGUCCGACAGAUAUGUGUAUCCGUCCGCAUCAUUCAACGAACCGUCCGUCGCUGGCUAAUCCAUACCAGAGCCGCCAGGCAAAAAAGAGCUCAAAUUUCUUUGCCUUCCACAGACUCUGUCGCUCAAGUUAUUGCAGAUGAAAGUUGUGACCAUGAUGUUAAGUUACAAGUCAGCCCCAAGUGGGGAGAAAACAAUAAUUGUGCCAAAUUGACCCAAUCACCGAAUCUAAUCUCCUUACAACUUUCCCGCGCCAACUUCUUUUACAGCGUUGGAGUUAUCUCGAUACGACGGCCUCCGACGGUUCGAGCUCGUUUUAUUACCCGGAAAACGUGCCUUCCUUUUUCUUUCAUUCCGCCUAGAUCACAACUGCCUUCCGGACUUACCGACGCCUACUUAUAAAAUGUUAUGUAUAAAAAAAAUUAAUCCGUUUAACACAACACAUCGAAGGGACCACAAAACGCCCUAGUCUUAAUAUGGUGUAGGACGAGUGAAUGAAAAUAAAUUAUGAAUACCAAUAA